AUGGCGAUCUCGACUGCUCAGCGCGGGCUGCGCGGGCUGCUCGUCCCCUCAGUCCUUCCAGCUACCUCGAUCCGUGCGUUCACCACACAGAAUCAGGAGCAAGAGAGAGGCGCGUCGCGUGGCCCGGGGCCGGCCGCGCGCUCGGUUGCACAGGAGCACCAACCUGGCGUGUGGCCUCCCAGGAGCCCCGAUGCACCAUCAGACCCCGUGGAUGCUGCCGGAAACCGCGGCAGCAACCCUGAGGCCUCAAUUCGCAGGGCUGGCUGGCGCGCCUCCAUGACACUGCAGGACCAGUACGACGCCCCUGAGCAAGAAAAGGGCAAGGGGUACGCCAAGGUCAUCCCCGAGAUGGUCCAGAGCGCCGCCGCGCGUGUCAAAGACGCCGUCGAGAGCGCCGUGGGGCUGGGCCCGCAGGACAAGUACGAGGAAGCUUCCAGGCAGCUGCGCCACGACGUCGAGGGCAUCCGGGAGGGCGAGGGGGAGGGUGCUAGGGACCAGGGCGGGCGGGUGAAGAAGUGA